AGCCUCAGUGGCUUUCCUGGAAACCACGUGACUCAACGCGGAAGUUCAGUAAACGCCAGAAGGCUUGGAAAUGUCGCUUUAGCCUGCAGUUCGUCUGAAACCGUCUCUGAUCCGUCCUGCGAUUUAAAUACAAACACCACUGUCCCGAUGGCCAGUGCUCCUCCGCUGGACUCCUCUGUGCCAGUGGGCUUUGCAGCUCCACCGCCGUCUUAUGAUGAAGUUAUGGGCUCAGGAGGCCAUUACCCACAAGGCCCUGCGGCUCCUCCUCCCGUCAACAAAGCUGCAGCUCCUUAUCCAGCACAGACUUAUACACAAAUGUACCCGCCCCCUCAACCUGUAUCCCAUGUGACCGUCCCACCUGUGGUUUCAGUGCAGACGGUGUACGUGCAGCCGGCUGUGUUUGGAGAUGUUCCCGUGCAGACAUGCUGCCCUGUGUGUUCUCAGACUGUGGUAACUCGACUGGAUUACAGUUCAGGCACCAUGGCCUGGCUGGUCUGUGCAGGCCUGUGCAUUAUUGGCUGUAUGUAUGGCUGUUGCCUGAUCCCCUUCUGUGUGGACGGCCUGAAGGAUGUGACGCACGUUUGCCCAAACUGCAACAAUUCUAUCGGUGUGUUCAAACGGCUCUGAUGUUCUAACAGGAACUGAGCACAUAUCCACUGUACCUUUUGUACUUUCAGCAUUCCUUGUGUUCCUUGUUACUGCAAACGUAUAAUUUACUUCAUAAUUUUACUCAAUUCUGCUAGAAGGCCAUGUAUAUCAAAUUUUAUUAAGCAUAAUUUAAUCUAUAGCUUCUACUUUCUUUGCACUGUGC